AUGCCGAAACAAAAUUCUGCUAGGAUUAGUGAGGCACAGCGUCAGCGACAAGUGAUAUCAAAAAAGUUUGAAAAAUAUGCUCCAAGCACUGUUUAUUUACAAGUUCUUGGUUCAGGAGCAAGGGGAGCACCCAAUUCAUUAUAUCUUUUCACCGACCAGAAGCGAUACCUGUUUAACUGUGGGGAAUGCACCCAAAGGCUAGCCCAUGAGCACAAAGUAAGAUUAUCUAGACUCGACCACAUUUUCAUCACAAAUAAAACUUGGAAAAAUAUUGGAGGUCUGCCGGGACUAUCUCUAACACUUCAGGAUGUCGGUGUACCUAACAUUACAUUACAUGGACCGGAAGGCUUAGAUGAAUUGUACAAUGCAACAAGGAGGUUUGUUAUAAUGAAAGACAUGAAUGUUACAAUGGCAAAAUGCAGUCCCAGUGAAGAUUUUGAAGAUAAUGUAAUGACAGUGAAAUAUAUUAUUAUGUCGAGCACAGAUGAAAGUAUAUUACAGACUGAACUGAAACCUCUUAAAAAGAAACCAAAAUUAGAUGAACCAAUACAAGAAAAAGAGUUUGAAGAGUUCAUUCACGAUGACACAGAUUAUUAUAAACGGGACAAUGAUCAAGGGGAUAAAACUAAAAAUAAUAAUACAUAUGCAAAACCUAAAACGAAACAUCCUUUUGAUAAAGAGGCUUAUAAGAAAAAAGAAGAAAAAGUUCUGCAUGACUUGCAGAGAAAUACACACAGUUGUGUAGCCUAUAUAUGUACACUUAAGAAACGUUUAGGUACUUUGGAUCUCGAAAAGUGUGUACAAUUUGGUGUUAAACCUGGUCCUCUGUUAGGACAACUGAAAAGUGGCCAAGAUGUUGUUUUACCUGACGGCACUUUGGUGCAUUCAAAGGAUGUAAAAACACCUGAUGAUCCGGGACCAGUGUUUAUUGUUCUCGAAGUACCGGAUCUGUCAUAUUUGCAAGAAUCGGAGUUUGUGUUGCAUUUCGACGACGGCAGCAAUCCCGCAGAAAACAUUCCAACACUAAUAGUACAUUACACACCACCACAUGUACUGCAUCAUCCUAAAUACAGCGAGUUUAUGUCAAAGUUUGGUCCGAAGACCAGGCACUUGGUGCUCAACUCACAGAACACUUGCCUUGGCUCGGAAGCUGUGCACAGGACACAACACAAGUUGCACUUACUGGACGCUGACGUGUUUCCGUUGCUACGGGACGUGAGCGUGCCGGCUACGUGGGCGCCUACCGUGUCCACAACGCCCACGACGCCCACUAGUACUCCAACUCCCGCACGGCUUAAGGGACUCGACGAACUUAAGAACAAGAUCGCGGUGGCCCAGUUCCAGAAUAUAAUCAGUAUGGAGGGUAGCGCGGGAGACGGGGACCUGCACGCGGUGGACUCUAACAAACUGGACCUCAUAGCUGGACGGACACUUACCAUGUUCCAUCUUAGACCAAAGAGACAGCUUGAUAGAUCGGCGGAACCCAAGCUUCAUAUCCAGGAUUACAUCAAAGAGACCAUGGAUGUAGAUGGGUUCGUUGGUAGCCUGGAACACUUCAGGCGUGUGGUGGACAGCAUGCGGUACACGAAAAACGACCUUCAGAAGGAAUAUCCUAAGGUCGUGUUUCUAGGAACCGGCUCCUGCAUACCGAGUAAGACGAGGAACACGAGCGCUAUUGUUGUACAAAUUGAUGAAAAUCAUUCGAUGCUGCUAGACUGUGGCGAAGGUACUUUUGGUCAGCUGGUCCGUUUCUAUGGACCGAAGAGAGUCAACGGUUUCUUGAGGUCCUUGAAGGCUGUUUAUGUAUCACAUUUACAUGCUGACCAUCACCUCGGUUUAUUUGGGGUUCUUCAGGCUCGUAGGGAAGCCAUGGAAGAGACCGAAUGUUCAGAACCUCUGUAUCUCCUCGCUCCAGGUCAGAUAGUAACCUGGUUGUCCAUGUAUGACACUCAGUUUGAGAGUAUACGGAGCGAGUUCACACUUAUACCUAAUCAGAACUUGUUGGAGGCAAAAUUAAACGAUCCGUCAAACACGGAUAUGACGUCAGCAGUACUCUCUAGUAUCGGCAUUCAACACAUCGACACAUGUCUAGUGUCACACUGCCCUAACGCGUUCGGUGUGGCCAUACAAGUUGACGAACAACACAAAAUAACGUACUCCGGAGAUACAAUACCCUGCGAAGAAUUAGUUAAGAUAGGUAGAAAUUCCACUCUACUAAUCCACGAAGCAACUAUGGAGGACGAGCUAGCAGAGGAAGCUCGAAUUAAGAUGCACUCCACCACAAGCCAGGCUAUAAACAUCGGACAACAGAUGAAUGCCAAGUACACCGUACUGACUCACUUCAGUCAGAGAUACGCGCGCCUGCCGCGACUCAACUCACACAUACUACACGAUAACAACAGCGUUGGUAUCGCCUUCGACAAUAUGCAGAUAACAAUGAGCGACCUAGACCUCCUGCCACACAUGUACGCUCCCCUACAGUUGAUGUUCGCUGAUCAUUGCGUGGAUUUGGAAAUGAAAGCAGCCAAUAGAGCACGACAGAAGGAGAAGCGGCCAUCAUCCCCGCCCAUAGACACGUCCGGUACAAAGAGGAACCAUAGACAAGACAUAGAUAAAAUAAAAGUCGAAUGUAACAGUAGUGGCAGUAGCUGA